GAAAAGCGAGUGGAGCGCAGCAGAGGGCAGGCCCGGGGGAGCCCCUUCCCUUCUGGUCCUCGGAGCCCGAGCCGAGAGAUUCCCCCCGUUCCUCCCGAAAGCCCUUCUCUGUGGUUGGGGACCAUGUCCAAGCAGCUCGUGUGCGUGCUGAAGUUUCUCCGAGGAUCUACCAACCAGAGGAUGUGCGCUCUGUUCGCUGUCACUUUCAAGCUCAUGUUCCUCGUCUCCAUCAUGGUCUAUUGGAUGGCGGAAUCCAGAUACAAGACCCAGCUGCACAGUCUGCCUCUAGAGGUUAAGUGCCCCCUUGUCCUUCCUUCACCUCCCCCUCUCGUCCUGGGCGAGCCCCCUCCCCCUCCCCCUCCAGGGGACAUCUUCUUUGUGGAAACCUCCGACCGAACCGAUCCGAGCUUCCUCUUCAUGUGCUCGGCGGAAUCUGCCUCCAGGACUCACCCCGGUACCAGGAUUGUCGUCCUCAUGAAGGGCCUGGUUGGUAGGAACUCCACCCUACCCAAGCACCUGGGCGUCUCUCUGCUGAGGUGUUUCUCCAAUGUGGAAUUCCAGCCACUGGACCUGACUGACCUUUUUGAGGGCACCCCUUUAGCCAGCUGGUACAGUUCCCUUCACCAAAGAUGGCAGCCGUACCUCCUCCCCAUCCUUUCGGAUGCUGCUAGAAUAGCCAUCAUGUGGAAGUUUGGGGGGAUUUAUUUGGACACGGACUUCAUCGUACUUAAAAAUUUGAAAAACUUCACCAAUGCCCUGGGCACUCAGUCCAAGUAUGUGCUGAAUGGGGCCUUCCUCGCCUUUGAGCCCAGGCAUGAGUUCAUCCAGCUCUGCAUGCAGGACUUUGUGGAUCAUUACAAUGGCUGGAUCUGGGGCCACCAAGGCCCCCAGCUCUUGACCCGUGUCUUCAAAAAGUGGUGUGGAAGUAGGAGCCUCCAGGAUCACCAAAGCUGCAAAGGGGUCCGGGCCCUGCCCCAAGAAGCCUUCUACCCUAUUACGUGGCAGAACUGGAAAAAGUACUUCGAAGCCAUCAGCUUGCGGGAAUACGAAGCGCUACUGAGUAAGACCUACGCAGUCCAUGUGUGGAACACAAAGAGCCAGAGCGUCAGCUUUGACGUCACUUCCAAGGUGCUGCUCGCGAAGCUCUAUUCCCGAUACUGCCCUAUGACAUCGGAGGUCAUGAAAAUGUAUCUCUGAAGAGCUGAGGUGGACUCCAGGCUCCCCUCCCUCUCAAAAAAGCAUUGGCUCAACACUAUCUGCCAUCUUUACAGAAAGGAGUACCUGGGUUGGAAGGCCCAUUCCAGCUAAAGAACUAUGAUCUUCUGUGGGUAGGGAAUUCUGAUUGGGUUGGAGGCUGGAAGUGUUGGACGGUCCUUCCAGAGCGUCUGCUCUAGGUGUCCUGAGGUGGUAGCCAUCCACCAGUUAGGACUGUGGGCAUCCAAAAGAACAGAAUGGGGGAAAAGGCCAUCAGCCUCGAGGCGAGGGGAGGUGUUUGUCACAAGAGACCAGAGAAUGGAAGCUGGGAUGGAAACUUCAGGGCAAAGGAGGCAGAAAGUACGCAAAGCAGGAAGACAUUGUCCAUAAGAUAAGAGGGAGAAAAGGUUGUUCGUGAUGUCCGGGAGGUCAAAAGUUUCUAGGGGGUGGGGGUUUCUUUCCACUCUCCCAGGUCGGUCUCAAUAUUGAGAUGAACGUGACUUCUUCAGCUCUUUGAAGGCUGGAAGCAGGAGCUCAUAUUGGAGAACCUAAGGGGGAAAACCUCUCUGUCUUCUCCCCUAUCCUACUCCCACCCUCACUUUGUCCCUUUCAGAAAUGAACCUGAAUCAACCAGCAUGGGGUCAGCCACUGACUUUGGGGGGGGGGGUCUUGAGAAAGGCAUUUGAGAGGAGACUCUGAGAAAACCCCUAAAAUAUUCCCUCUCUCUGUUCCCCCCUCCCCACAUAUCAGGUAAGACCAGGAGAGGAAAUAUAACAACAAUACCAACACUUCUUUUGACAUGGUUCCCAAAUUGUGUUAUCUCCACCAUCCCAGGGAGGCCGAUGCUUUAUUAGCCUCAUUUUAGAGGGAAGGAAACCAGGGUUGGAGGGUUAUGUGUCACUUGCCCAGGGUCAUAGAGCUAAUAAGUGCCUGAGGCAGGAUUUGAACACAGGUCUUCCCUACUCCAAGUUCAAUGCUCUUUAUGCUACAGAGACACUACAGACCCUAACCUUCUGGUAGGGGUAUUGUUAUAGGACGCCUGGCACCCUUCCUGCUAGGAGGCUCCCUAAACUUGGUAGAUGUUUCUCCCCCAACCUCCUGCCAUUUACCCUCACUCUCAGAUCUUCUUGGAAGCUCAUUGAGUGAAACUAGCCUUGUUUCCCCCAGGGACCCACUCACUUUGCUAGAUUCAAAGAAAAAGUUGGAUCAAACCCCGGGGUGUCUUGAGAAGUUUCCACCUCAGCAGAUUGUCUGAGCAGACAAAGGUUGGUUGGCUAGAAGGAGGUGCCAUUCCCCUGGAUCUUGUUGGGAACAGUGAUCUUGGAAACAUUUCCUCAUUUGGCAUUCCCAGUCCGGAAGUGGCUCUCUAAUAGUCAAGCACUCAUGUAAGUGUCCUUGAAUGCCUGGAUGAGAGGCUGGGGCACAGCCAUUGUGCCUACCUGACUGAUUUCUGAGCUCACAGUGGAAAUGAGGCCAGUGAAGCCCCAUGCCCUCCCGAGCCAUCUGUACAUGGUCUUCACUGGGGGCUUCUUGAGAAGAUUUCUCCAGUGUUGGCCCUGAGUCUCCUCCCUAACUAAAAAUUUUAUUUUUAUUUACAUUUUAAUAGAUGUCUUUUGCUUUUUAAUGAUAGGCCAACAGGAGGGAUAUAGAUCACUGAUCUGGGGACUAGGAAAUAUCCCCUCUCUUAUGCUGGCUGUAUGACCCUGGGCAAGUCAUUUUAAUUAACCCCUCAGUGCCUGUACCCUACCCCAAACUGUAUAAGUGGCAGAGGGUCACUGUGCAUUGGUAGAGACUUUCCUUGUCCAGGACUUCCUAUGCCAAGGAAUUCAUGAGUCUGGCCCCUGUCAUCCUUGGUUCUGCGUUCUUCAUUGACUGUUUUUCCCAAUCUUGCCCUCUUUUCCUUUCUCCUUUCCCUCUCCCAAAAAGCCAUCCCUUAUAACCAGGAAUGAAAAAGAAAGAAGAAAAACACACCAGUAAAGCAAAACCAGCACAAGCCAAUGAGGUCUGACUUUCUAUUUCCUCCUGAUCUGCACCGAGGGUCUCCUGUGCCCUGCAGCACCCAUCCUGUGAGAAGCUAAGAAUGCCCUGUCAUGACCUUGCCUGCCCUCUAGCUUCCAGGGGUCUCUCCUGAGGGGUGGCUGUCAGGUUCUUUGGGGGCUGAGCUUGGCCUUUCCUGUCUCAGUUCCCAACUCUGAAUGUCCCAACUGUGCUAGUGUGUUUAAUUGAGAGAGAGAGAGAGAGAGAGAGAGAACAAAAAACAUUCAAAGGCUUAGGAAAACCAACUACUGGAAAGAAUUAAGGUCUGCCUACGGGAGAAGAGAAGUCAACCCAGCUGAAUGAGUCUCCCCAGGCUGCCCAUAAAGAGAGCCAAAUGGCCAGGAUCCUGAGCUGGGGGAACAUGGAGCUGUGGGUAAUAAGUAACCCUGGCUACUCACGUAAUCUGUCCAUCUCGACUUCAGGGUCUGCUCCCCCACAAAGUUGAACCAGGCACUAUGCAGGAAAGAAGAUAUCUAACAACAAUCUUUAGUUAUUGUAGGGAGGUAGGGGAUUUUAUUUUUUCCCUUCCUGCCCUCAUCCAAAUAUAACACAUGGCUUGGGGGCUCAUGAGCUGUGGUUUGAAGUGGAUGAGGACCUUUGGAGUAGCUUGAACUUGGUUGCUUUUCUGUGAGCCCCACAUGUGAAAGGAGAGUGUCUCAGGCAUCUGUAUGAUACGCCUCACUCUCUACUACUGGGUUUUUGGGUGAGGGGUGGAGUGAAGAAUAUGACUUCCCUACCCACUGUGAUAUGGGAAGGAAGCACAUGGAAACCUCAUCAUUACUAGAAAGUUUAUCAAGUUACACACCUGUCCCUUGCCCUCUUCACAGAUUACUGGUGGAAGAGGAUGGAGAAGGAAUAAGGGGAGUCAAGGAGCAGGCUAGAAUAGAAGAGACCCAGAUGAGAGCUUUCCUCAACAGAUCCGUGUGGGUUCCCUGCUGCCAUGUUUCAUCCCCUGCCUCUAGGGCUUUGUCCUGUCUUCAUUCCUGUUCAUCCGAUAUCAGAAAGCUUCCCCUCUCUUCUCCCUCAAAAUGGAGGCCAAACCCAGCAGUUUAUUUCCCGUCCUUGACUAUAGCUAAGCAACUUUGGUUGGUUUACAAGCCAGGAGGGGCCUGGAAUCUUCCAAAUCCUCUCUGAGAGGAAGCCAGCCCAGAUCCAACUAGCCCUUCAUGGUUCCAUGAUGCUCACUAGUAUCACACACAUUCACUUUUCUAGUUGCUAGACUCUGGAUCCUGACUGAGGUUGGCUCCAAGAUAGCAGUCAAAGAAGAGCAUGGGUGGUGGUCCCUUGUUGCCUGGGGAGCCAUGGUGCAAGGUGGGAGGCAGCUUAGCUCUGGGCUCCAACACCUGGAAAGCGUCUGGUUGAGAAGUGAGAGGCAGGGUAAUACAAUGAGAAGAAACCUGGAUCUGAAGCCAGAUGACCUCUGUUCAAAUCCUAGCACUGCCGGGGCAGCUAGAUGGCACAGUGGAUAGAGCACUGGCCCUGGAUUC